GAAGCAGACGCGGCUAAGCUCCGGACUUCCUGUUUUGAGCUCGACUGCUGACUGGUAGAAAGGAGUGAUACUCGGAAGAUAGUAAAACUACCCAAUGAAACCGGAGUAAAAGUUCACUCAAAAUGAGCUGGAUCCCGUUCAAGAUUGGACAACCAAAAAAACAGAUUGUCUCUAAAACUGUUGAAAGAGACUUUGAGCGAGAAUAUGACAAACUCCAAAAGCUGGAGGAUCAGACAAAAAAGCUUCACAAAGACAUGAAGAAAAGCACAGAGGCUGAUUUAGCCAUGUCUAAGGCAGCAGUGAAGAUUUCUGCAGACCUCUUGAGUAACCCGCUGUGUGAGCAGGAUCAGGCCUUCCUGGAGUCUAUGACUGCUUUAGAUACAGCCAUGAGAAGGAUGGAUGCCUUCAACCAAGAAAAGGUCAACCAGAUCCAGAAGACUGUUGUCGACCCUCUGAAAAAGUACAGUAGUGUCUUCCCCAGCCUUAACAUGGCAGUGAAACGUAGGGAACAGACGCUGCAGGACUACAAGCGGUUGCAAGCCAAAGUGGAGAAAUACGAAGAGAAAGAAAAAACGGGGCCCGUGAUGGUCAAACUGCAUCAGGCAAAAGAGGAACUCCGACCAGUCAAAGAUGACUUCGAGGCCAAGAACAAGCAGCUCCUGGACGAGAUGCCCAAGUUCUACCAAAGCCGCAUCGACUACUUCCAGCCCAGCUUCGAGGCUCUCAUCCGGGCGCAGGUGGUCUAUUUCACCGAAAUGUACAAGAUUUUCAGCGAGUUAACAGACCAGAUCGACCAGGCAGGGUUGACUGACGAGCAGAGGGAGAGGGAGACUGAGGCCAAGCUCAGCGAGUUGCGUGCUCUGUCCAUUGUCGCCGACGACUGAGUGAGGAAAUACGAAAACGGACUCUUUUCAUGCCUCUCUGAAUGGAUUGCACUCUCUUCAAGCUCCUCCAGAGUUCAAACGGACAGCAGUGGCCUAAACCUGAUUAUCCAUUUGUUUCCUUGCGGCCUCAUCCCCGCCCCCAAUUGCUCUUGCACUACACCCUAAUCUUUCAUCAUCUCAGCAACUCAAAGCAGCUGAAUGCCACAUUAACUAAGCCAUCAGCCAAGUGCAACAUUAUAAGCCAAUAUGUUGUCGUUUAUUUUUAUUUUUUUUAGUAAAGGAAUCAGACAGAUCUCGUCAGAACUAAUUAACAAGGUUAUGCUUCAUGGUUUCAGAGGUAUCUAUAACCAUUUGUUUCUAAUGUGUAAAGUGAGCAAGGAAAUGUUUCUAUUAGUCACAUCUGCUUUGUUGGCAGCAGUGUGUGAAAUAUAGUUUUAUUAUCCAACUUUGAAAUUACACUGGAAGGUGUUAUGUAAUGUAGUGUAGGUUUAAAAAAAAAAUCUCUCAAUUUUGGUCUUUUCUGGUAAUCUGUGAGUUUAGCUCUGUGCCGUUCUGUGUGAGGGCUUUUUAUUGGGGUUCAUCAGAACACAUUAGCUCACCUGUGAUAACAUGUCUGACUUUGGAUAUAACAUUAAAAACGGUGUAAGGUGAGACCAUGCCCAAGGAGCGGUUUUGAAAGGUCGACCAUUCAGGCUUCAGACAUAUAUCCAGGUUUGUUUUUUUAAAUCCCACAAGUAAGAAAGAAAAAAAAAAAUCAAAGGCUGGUGCGCCCUCUAGUGGAAAUAAAGUGACCCAUAUUUUCCUUUUGUUCACACCAUCCAUCCUUUGUUCUAUUGUUGGUUAGAGUGUGUGUUAGCAAAGAAUCUCACACAUUGUUGGCAGCCUUAAAGUAUUUUCUCUGUAUCCUCUACAUCAGGGUUGGAACACAAAUGUUUUAUAGUGUCUCUUAUUUUUGGACCAAAUCACGUUCUCAUCAUAUGCCUUUGUUUCCACUUUCCAUCAGGUAGAGCCUUGGCAUGAUAACUACACUACA